CUCCUCUCUCUCACUCACUCGCUCUGUUUCUCUCUCUCUCUCUCUCGAGCGCUCUCUUGCUCGCGAGUUCUCGCAAUGGAUGAAGAAUACGAUGUUAUAGUGCUGGGAACAGGCCUCAAGGAAUGUAUUCUCAGCGGCCUCCUCUCUGUUGAUGGACUCAAAGUAUUGCACAUGGAUAGAAAUGAUUACUAUGGAGGAGAGUCCACCUCACUUAAUCUCAAUCAGCUUUGGAAACGAUUCAGGGGCAGUGACGCCCCUCCAGAACAGUUGGGCUUAAGCAGAGAUUACAAUGUUGAUAUGAUCCCUAAGUUCAUGAUGGCCAAUGGUGCCCUUGUUCGUGUUCUCAUCCACACCAAUGUCACAAAAUAUCUUAAUUUUAAGGCUGUGGAUGGUAGUUUUGUGUACAACAAGGGGAAGAUUCACAAAGUACCAGCUACUGAUGUGGAAGCACUUAAAUCACCUCUUAUGGGAUUGUUUGAGAAGCGUCGUGCUAGGAAGUUCUUCAUUUAUGUGCAAGAUUAUGAAGACAAUGAUCCAAAAUCCCAUGAAGGACUAGACCUCAACAAAGUUACUGCAAGAGAUGUUAUUUCCAAGUAUGGGCUAGAUGACAAUACAGUUGACUUUAUUGGGCAUGCAUUGGCACUGCACAAAGAUGAUAGUUACUUGGACCAGCCUGCCUUGGAUUUUGUGAAGAGAGUUAAGCUAUAUGCAGAGUCUUUGGCACGCUUUCAGGGAGGAUCUCCUUAUAUUUAUCCGUUGUAUGGACUGGGAGAACUACCUCAGGCUUUUGCUCGUCUGAGUGCCGUAUAUGGUGGCACUUACAUGCUAAACAAACCUGAAUGCAAGGUAGAAUUUGACAGCGAUGGAAAGGCCUUUGGAGUCACAUCAGAAGGAGAGACUGCAAAAUGCAAAAAAGUAGUAUGUGAUCCUUCAUAUUUACCUGACAAGGUAAAGAAGGUUGGAAAAGUAGCUCGUGCUAUAUGUAUAAUGAGUCAUCCUAUCCCAAAUACCAAUGACUCUCACUCAGUCCAGGUUAUUCUUCCCCAGAAACAACUCGGUCGGAACUCAGAUAUGUACCUGUUCUGUUGCUCAUAUUCUCAUAAUGUAGCUCCAAAAGGUAAAUUUAUUGCUUUUGUUACAACGGGGGCAGAAACUGAUAAUCCCGAAGUGGAACUGAAGCCUGGGAUAGAGCUUCUUGGACCCGUAGACGAAAUAUUUUUUGAUACUUAUGACAGAUAUGAACCCAUUAACCAGAGUGAUGCUGACAACUGUUUCAUAUCCACUAGUUAUGAUCCGACAACACACUUUGAGUCAACAGUAGAAGAUGUGAUUGCCAUGUACAGCCAGAUAACUGGAAAGGCUCUUGACCUAACUGUGGAUCUGAGUGCCGCCAGUGCUGCUGCUGAAGAAUGAAUGUUUGAUCCAGCAGAAGAGAAAGAAGGAGGCCAGUCAUCAAAGUUCUUCCUAUUGCAAAACAUAGUCAGCACCCUUCUCUCCAAAAGGCUGAUCGCCUUUGUUUGACUAGAUUGGCCUAAAUCCUCCACUGCUUUAACAGAAUUUCUUUCAGCUUAUGCUGAGAAUUUUUUUUUUUUUUUUCUCCUUCCAUUUUACUUUUCAUAAACAUUUCAUUCUGCCAAACAAUAUUCGAAGUUCCUUAUUUUUCGCAGCUCAGAUUAGAUUGUUGAACUAUUUGUUGGCAAUUGUUUUGGCAUCUUGUCUUUGCCCCAAACAAUAGGAUUUUAAGAACGUCAGUCAGUAUUCUGAUCUAUUAUUGCCACUUAACCCCAUUUAUAGGAAUCAAAUGCUCUUGAAGAAUUACUAGGAUCAAGUCCCUUCCAACUUCCGGAAACUUCUUUAAAUACAUAUGCAGGCUUUCAGAAGACGUAAUGU